AUGUCUGCGCCGUCCACCCGCGGUCAGCGCGGUGGCAGCUCGACGAGAGGCAAUCGAGUAUCCCAAUCAUUCCCCCCUCGCGGUCGCGGUAGCACCCGUGGUACGCCAAAACCACUGCAGGCAGGACGGGGAAGAGGUCGAGGUGCUGCGGCUGCCAACGCUUCCUCCAACGGUGGUGAUGGGCUGUUGCAACGAUUGAGGGCGGGUACUGUCAAAAGAGGAUCUGACAAUGGCGGAACAACUCCAACAAGAGGUCGCGGAGCUUCUACUACAACACCUUCGUCCACAACCAGCAUCCGGGGACGAGGUCGUGGGCGUGGAUUUUUGUCGCAAACCUUCAAUACACCAAAAUCUCCUGCGUCAACACCUCCUGUAUCACGGACUGCUUCUCCUGCACCCACCAACCAUCGCGACUUCAUGAAUACUGCCUAUACGAGAUUCCAAGAGCUCAAGACGAAGCGAGAAGCCGAACGUGCAAAGGCCAUUCGUGAUGGGUUCCUCGCAGAUCCCGAGAAAAAGACAAGCCUGGACAAAGCCAUUACACCAGUGGGCACAUGCACCGAGAUGUGUCCCGAGUUUGAAAGAGUGGAGCGCACUGUUCAGAACAUGGUUGACAAGGCCGAGAAGGUGCACAACGAAGAUACUGGAAAAGACAUCCCUUCAGAGGACCGCAUGGUCAAAAGAUUUCGACGUUCGGCUGCAGGAUAUGAUGAACAGCUACCCUCCGAUAUUAGAACCCCUGCGACACUCCGCAAGACGUUGGACUACCUACUUGAUAAUGUGGUUGGGGGUGAGGAACGACUUGCAACCAUCCAUAAAUUCGUCUGGGAUCGGACCCGAGGUAUUCGCAACGACUUUUCGAUUCAACAGGUGACGAAUAUCGAAGAUGUCAAAAUUGCCGUCGAUUGCUACGAACGGAUUGCCAGAUUCCACAUCCUCUCGCUACAUCAGCUCUCAAACCCGGACAAUCUGUGGGAUGGCGAGAACUUCGAUGCUCAUCAAGAGCGUGAGCAGCUCAACAAUACUCUGCUAUCCCUGCUGUAUUACUACGACGACAAUCGCUCGCGCAUCGAGUUCACUAACGAAGCAGAGUUCCGAGCAUACUGCAUCAUAUUUGAGUUUCAGUCACAGCAUCCGGAUUUGGAAGAUCGCAUACAGGCGUGGCCUUCCUAUCUCCUCAACGACAAGAGAGUACAGACUGCCCUCAAACUCUAUCAAAAUGCCGGUAACUCUUUGUUCGAUCAAGGCCCACUUCGACCCAUGGAACCAUUCCCGAUCGCCCGGAGCAACACGGGGGGAUUUUGGCAUCUUCUAUCAUCGAAGGCCGUGCCUUACAUCAUGGCGUGUGUGGCAGAAAUCUACUUUGCACAUAUUCGAUUUGCGGCUCUGGACGCUUUGUGGCGCUCUUGCAAAAGCGCCCCUGCAGCUCAACAAGCAAAAUCUAGAGAUUGGAGUCUCAGCGAGGUCACGGCGUUCCUCGGUUUCGAUACCGACGAAGAGACGACGCACUUCUGUGCUGCUUUCGAACUUUACUUUGGGACAGAUGAACAUGGCGAGGAAUACCUUGAUGUCACUUCGAACGCUUCCCACUCACUCGAUCAAUCCUCUAUACCCAACAAGCAAACCUUUUCUCACAGCUACGUCGAGAAGAAACGCUACCAUCGAACCCUAACUGCCGUCAUCAAUGGAACCUCGGUUAGCGAAGCGAUACGCCGGGGAUUGAUCGAAGCGCCGGAGGACGAGGUGGACAAUGAGCAGAAUGAAGUGAACGAUGACGAUCAAAGCAUGUUUGUACCUCAAGAUCAACCAAAAGCUGCGACUUUCGGCACCUCAUUGAACCCGGAAGCCUCAACUUUCACUCCGAAGUUUGGACAAACACCAGCCACUCCGAAAACGAUCGAGUCUUCGACAUUUGGACAGCCAACCUCGACAUCGAUGUCUGGAAAACAAUCCACUGGGUUCGCUAGCUCAGGCUUUGGUGGCUUUGGGUCCUCGCCUGUUCCCGCAGACUCGCCUUUUGGCAAGCCAUCCCCUGCUCCCAAGCCACCAACGCAGCAGAGUGCUGGUCCACCCAGCUUUGGGGGCUUCAAAACUUCUAUCGAAACUACAGCAGAUGCGGGAAAGAAUGCGACUUCUGAAAAACCUGCUCCGCCCAUCUCCAGCGAACAGAAACCUGUUUUCAGCGGGUUUGGCGGUUUUGGGUUGGAAAAGGCUCCGUCUACGCCAGCACAGACCUCAGCUCUUUCCCCUUCAAUAUCUACCAAAACAUCGGGUGUCCCUCCGAUCUUUGGACAGGCUCCGUCUUCCCAGACAAGCUUCGGUUUUUCUAAGCCAGCUGAAGUUACAACGACCAAAUCUGCCGACCCGCAACCACCAGUAUCAUUCACAAACUUUUCACAGCCACCUAUAGAUCCUUCAAAACCAACAGAGGCUACGCAUACGCCUCUGCCACAGAUCUCGAACAAGACUCCGUCACUUUCCUCUCCAGCUCCAUCGUUCGGAUUUCAACAACAGCCAGUUUCACAAUCUCCACCAACGAAACCGCAGACAUUCGCAUCGCCCUCUCCUGCUGGAUUUUCUUUUCAGCCUGUCUCGAAACCGAACUCCUCACCCCCACCAACCUUGUCUGCCGCGCAACCUGCAUCCCAGUCUAAGGACACCCCCAAGCCUUCUGAAGCUUUCAAGUUUCCUCCUAUUCAACCAGCACCAACUUCAUCACCGAUCCAUACUCUUACACCGCCUUUACAAAUCCCAUCCGAGCCACUUGCUGCCUCAACCUCACGACCAGAAGAACGACCUCAACGAAGCACCACACCGCCUCACUCGCCACCUCGAUUACCUACGCAACCACCCUCCAUUGAAGUCGAGCGCGUGCGCCUUGCCAAUGAAGUCUCUAGAAUCGCCCUACUGCGCCAAGACGGGUUGAUGAGGAAAUACAUUGAAUACAUGAUUCCCGAUCUCGUCAGGACAGCAUUCAAUCAACACCAGCUCGAGGUACAUGACGCAGCUAUUGCCUCCAUACGCGAACGUAUCCUACAACGGAAGUUUGGCAUGAUCUGGCGUUCACGAGCCUGGAAAAACAAUCUCAGUCGACGUGCUAAGCAUCGGCGCAAACUUAUCGCCGAGACAAUCAAAGCUGAAGAGGCCAAGAAGAAAAGAAGCGAGGAAGAAUUGGAAGAAAUCUUGAGAGCCGCCCAGGAAACAAGGCGUCUUCAGCAAGAGGUCAGAGAAGCAGCCGAGGCAAAGAAAUUGAAAGAAAAGCAAGACCAAUUUGCCAUCAGCCAGAUUGUUGGGCGGAAGAGAAAGAGCUUUUCCGAACAAAAGCCUAAAGAUAGCAGGCUUUCCGCGGAGUCUACCAUCUCUUCGUCCCUUGGGCAUAAGCGAUCCAAGACGAUGAGCACCUCUUCAGAACCGUCAUCCUCUUCGGUGCUUGGUGGUAGACCUCCUGUACCUGUCUUUCAUUCCUCAACAAACCGACCGCCCCAUGUGUCUAUCUUUUCGGGCAAAUCCGUGUUCGGUCGGUCUACGAGCAUCCAGGAUUUGCGAAGAUCUAGUAUGGAGCAGAAGAUGGACAACACCCACACCGACUACUUCCGGCUCAAAGCGAUGGGUCUGGACCCCGAGACACCAAUCGUCCCUGACACGAAGGAAACACUAGCCAUCCGAAAACGAAAAGAAGAAGAAGAACGACGAAGUGUUUUGGCCCGAGCCAGAAGACGACCGUUCGUGCCGUCCUCUGCGCAAAGUUCGCCUCCAUCAGCAUCACCCCAGCCUGUAUUUGCACCUAUCGAGACUAGUCCUUUGAUUUCACGGUCAACUACGCCGAUAGUAGUGUCGAAGAAGCCUGUUGUCGAGGAUGAUUUCCUUAAACAGAUUCGUGAGGCUCGAGAAGCAUUGAAAGAGCAGGAAGACUGGUUCAAGCAGCAAGCCGUGGAAUUCGAGAGAGAAGUGGAGCAGCAAGAAGAGUUCAAAAAAUCCCAAAGCAGUCAUCGAGAAAGUGUAACUUCUACGAAUGGCCUCGCCAGGGUCAACGGAUACGAGUACCUUCCCAGUCAGAGUAAACUCGGCUCCAGCUUGUCACGCACGGAAUUGAGAAUUCGACAGACCGGCGCUCACGGCCUCGCGACAAAACCAUUGCGGGUCAGUGGCGAUUAUAUUCCUGUUGCCAUGUCAAAGAAGAGUGCGCAGCAGUAUUAUGGCGGCGAGAGUCAAGCAAGCAGCCCUGCACGCAAAAGAUCUCGUGAAGAUGCCGAUGUCAAUAAUCAUGUCGACCCAACAUCAAGUGACGAUGAUCAGGAUUCCCAUGUCAGUACGACUCGAUAUGCAAUAAAACGACCGAAGUCUGCAGCUCAGUCGAUUUCUCAGCAGAAGUUGCCAGCCAAUCAAGGAAUGCCUACUCAAGUGGCACAGUCGAAUGCAUUUUCAUUGUUACAAGAAGUCGAGCUGGACGAAGAAGAGAGCCUUGAAGAAGAAGACGAGAGUCUUGAAGAGGAAGAAGAUGAACUUUUUGACGAGGAUGGUCCAGAGGGUCGACAUUAUUCUGGGGACUACGAAAAUGCUGAAGAAGAGCUCGAAGAAGAUGAAGAUGGAGACGAUCGAGAGAGAGAGGGCUAUGAGGAUGAAGACGAGGAUGAAUCUGAAUCUGAGUCUGACGAGGACGAUGGCGAAGACAUCGGGUAUGGGUACCACGAUAACGGAGGACAAACACCUUUCUCGAAUCCGGAAUUGAGUCGAGCAGCCAGCAGUGCCCCUGGUGGAAGUGCUGACGAUGCCUUGGUGUUGAGUGAUAGUGACUGA